AUGGCCCGAUUCGGAAAAAUGGUGAUGUUGCGGCCAAAAAUAGAUGCGUCCCAAGUUACAUUUAAUAUUGAUGGACCUCCAAAUAUACCCGAAUUAUUUCCUGAAUUAAAAAAUCCUUAUCCUGAAGGUGAUGAGCUUUUAAAGAAUAAAUUAGCGGAAAUUUUUGGGUCACAAAAUCAUAGUUAUCAUUGUCGGAAACCUAUAACCAGCACCACUGUUUCUGCUACUGCUACCACGACAACAACCACCAAACAAGAUAUUCAAAAAGAAUGGCACAAGUGGGUGGAAUUAAGAGACAUGGCCAGUGAGUUUAUGAGUGAAGAAACUCUUCAAAAAUACAGAUACUCGCAAGAUCAAAUGGAUUAUCAUUACACGAAUAAUAUUGAAAUCAUCUUUUCAAAGAAAAAAAAAUCAUCAAGUACAUCAAAAGAGGGAUUAAUUCAACAACAAACCAUAUAUUCUAAUUCAUUGAACACUUCCAAACAUACUGAACCUUUGACGAAUUCUGAGAAAAUAUGGCAUCAAAAUGAUGACAAAAUCCGUAUGACAAAUGUUUUGAAACGAAAAUAUGCAGAAAAAAAUCUGACAUUGUCAUCAAAAAUUGCUUUACCUAAAGAGGACCAAAUAAUUAUAAUAGAUGAUGAUGAGGAAGAGGAAAUUAAUAAUAAACUAGUAAAAUCAAAUAACAGUUUAUUGACUCCUUUUAUCAGUACUUGUUCUUUUUCUACUGCUGCAACCAUUAAAAAUCCUGUAAUUAAUUCAAAUAAUCUUGCAUAUACAGCUACUGGAUCUUCUUCAAAACAGAAUAACAAUGCAGUAAACAUUGAUAAAUCUCAAACUGACACUCAACAAAGCCAUUCCAAAAAAUUAACAUCACCACAAUUACCUAAUAAUAAUCAAUUAGUUGGAAACAAUAAUUCAAGUCAAGUAGCCAUCAAUAGGAUAUAUUCAAAUGCAAACGAUAUUUUACAUAAGAACAAUUCUCACCAAUCACUGCGGAUUCUUCCACAGCAGAUAAUAUAUAAUAAAAAUGAUAAUAAAAACAAUUCUCUAGUUAUUAAUAUUGCUGCUACACCAUCAUUAUUUUCUUCUUCAUUACAAAACUCUUCAAUUGAUUCUCAAAGUUCGCAAUCUAUUCAGUUUCAAACAAAAAAUCAAUUGUCUCAAAAUAAGCAGCAAUCUAUUCCAAAUAUUAAUUCUAGCUUACAAACUAUUGCUGAAAAAAAUGUACAAGAAUCUUUUCACUCAGAAAAAUCAACAUCCUCAUUAGUCAAAAAAAUUGAAGAAUUAUUAGAAUAUACUAAAGGACAAUUAAAUAUUUUACAAGAACAGAAUAAAAGAUCUGAUGAUAAGCUAAGAAGUGCUUGGGCAGAUUUAUUAGCCAAUAAAGCAAAAUUGCGUGGCGAGGCAGAUGCUGAGGAGACUAACAAUGAAACUUAUCUGACAAGAACUCGAAAGAAGUUAAACGCAAAACAAAAAGUAAAUAAUAAUAAUUUAAACGAAUUCAAUAUAAUUACGAAGGGAUUGGUUUGUGAAUGGGAAUCCUGUAAUAAAGUUUAUAGAACACGUAAUCACUUAAAAGCUCACAUGAUUGCGAUGCAUUUAGGUGAUGUAUUAGAUGUUAAAAUUAAGAAAUAA